GCAACAAGCUUCAGAAAAGCUGGCUUGGGAACUUCACAGCGAAAAAAAUCUGGAUCAAAGUCUGAACUCACAGAGGAACAAAAGCAGGAGAUUAGGGAGGCCUUUGAUUUGUUUGAUACUGAUGGUUCUGGAACUAUUGACGUGAAGGAAAUCAAGGUUGCCAUGCGGGCCUUGGGGUUCGAGCCGAAAAAAGAAGAAAUAAAAAAGAUGAUUUCAGAUAUUGACAAGGAGGGAUCUGGUAGCAUUGAUUUCAAUGACUUUUUGGCUAUGAUGACUCAGAAAAUGAGUGAGAAAGACUCCAAGGAAGAAAUUCUUAAAGCUUUCCGCUUGUUUGAUGAUGAUGGUACAGGAAAAAUAUCAUUCAAGAACCUAAAGAGAGUUGCUAAAGAAUUGGGUGAAAAUUUAACCGAUGAAGAACUGCAGGAAAUGAUUGAUGAAGCUGACCGUGAUGGUGAUGGUGAGAUAAAUGAACAAGAAUUUUUGCGGAUCAUGAAGAAGACGAGCCUCUAUUAAUCCCAAUUCUGUUGUCUUAAAGUGCCAGAGUAGUUCUAGUUGUUGCAUUUUUUUUAAUUUAAGCAAUAAAAAAUGAGAAGCUAUUGUGAGUUUUAGUACAUUAUAUUUGAAUUAAAUAAAAAUCUAUUAAAAUACGCAGC